AGGGGCUUCUCAGCUACAUGAUGGCCUUCCUGCCCAUCAACCUGAUGGUGCAGCUGGCCAAGUCCAUCUGGCAGAACUCCGCACCCCACCUCUCAGACGUCACCAUCACCUCAGCGACCAAGGAGGAGCGGUCGUUUUGGCAGCACGUCCAUCUCGCCUUCGUCACCCAGCUGGCCGCCCGGCUCACCCGCCUCACGUCAAUCACUCUCCGGUACCCUGACGGCGUCCCCCGCUACCCUAACGGCGUCACCUGCUGGUGUUUCGACGUCUUUGUGGCAAUCAUCGAGGGCCACAUUGCCGGCCGACGGGCAGCCGACAUGCAAGGAGGGACCCUGCAGACAUCACCAUCGACAGAGGCCUUCGGCUGA